AUGUCACUCAUCCCAAGCUUCUUCGGUAGCCGAAAAACCAAUGUCUUUGAUCCAUUUUCCUUAGACACUUGGGAUCCAUUUCAUGGCAUUUUAACAUCAACCCUUGCCAAUGCACCCGCCUCGGCUCGUGAGGUGUCUCAAUUUGCAACCACAAGGGUUGAUUGGAAGGAGACACCAGAAAGCCAUGUCUUCAAAGUUGAUCUUCCUGGACUGAAGAAGGAAGAAGUGAAAGUCGAGGUUGAAGAAGGCAGAAUUCUGCAGAUAAGUGGAGAAAGAAGCAAGGAGCAAGAGGAGAAAAACGACAAGUGGCACCGCAUUGAGAGGAGCAGUGGGAAGUUCCUUCGCCGCUUCAGGCUACCUGAAAACACGAAGAUAGAUGAAGUUAAGGCCGACUUAGAGAAUGGAGUGCUCACUGUGACUGUUCCAAAGGUGGAAGAGAAGAAACCUGAGGUUAAGAGUAUUGACAUCUCUUCUGCUUGAAAGGUGCUACAAUCUGUCAUGAAACGUAAAAAUGGUGAUUUUCGUUGUAUCGAAUGAAUAAGUUUGUUGUUGUGUACUUGUGUCUGUGGUUGGCUUGUAACUUAUAAGUAAGUGAACCUCCUGUUGAUGGGGCUAACUAAAUGAGUACAUGUAAAAUGGUGUUCAUGUGCAAUUAAAUUCUGUGUUUAUAA